AUGGCCGAGGAGACUCAAAAAUCCAAGAAACAUAGCAAUCAUACUUGGACAGCUGAAGAAGACAAAGUACUUGUAGAUUGUCUUCUGGAAAUUGGAUUAUCAUGGAAGGGAGAUAACAACUUUAGGCCGAGUUUUGCUAGUCAUCUUGAGAAAAUGAUACAAGCAAAAAUACCUAGUUGUCCUUUGAAAGCAAACCCACAUACAACUUCAAGAAUUAAACUGCUAAAAAAACACUACAACGCUAUUUGCGAAAUGAUUGGCCCUAAUAGUGGUAGUGGAUUUGGGUGGAACGACAAGACACAUCCCAAUGUCGAGGGGCUUUACAAAAAGCCAUUCCCCUUCUUUGAUGAACUAGGUCCAAUCUUCGGUCGGGAUGUUGCUUCCGGACAAGAUGCAGAAGGUCCCGAAGAUGCUGUAGAGGAAUUGAAAAGAGAAGUUGUUAUGUUUAAUGAGAGUGGGAAUUUUGCAUACGAUUUCUAUGGCCUAAUUGAUGACACUACACAAGCAUAG